GAGCUCCGGCCUCUGGUCUGUUCACAGGCGAACAUCUGCAAGAAAGACAUCUGGGAGAUCUAAAAAGAGGUGCCACAGAAAGCCAGGGAGAUCGUCAGCCAUGCCCCACACCAGAGGGCCAUCUGCGGGAACCUUAAACAUGAGUGAUUCAGCAAGAGCCCUGAUUCACCAAGCACAGCGCUUCAACGUUUGUCAUCUGCAUGAAUCUUCCCCCUGAAAAGGUCUCAGGAAAAGUGAUUUACUGCUUUCUGCUGGACGAAGACGCGGCAGACCUUGCCAGAACUUUCUUUCCUUUAGCGUUUUUCAUCUCCUUCUUUUGGGUUGUUUUUUUUGGAGGAGCAGAGGGAGUCCAUCGCUACUGUUGCUAAGGGGGGGAGCCUGUCUUCUCCUCUUACGUGUGUGUCGGACAUCGUGAGGGACACACGCACAGAUGCAUGUUAUUCCACUUGCAGAGUGAGUCCUACUCGCGUUGAAUCUCUCUUUCUGUCUCGAAAGUUGACUGCAGACGAACUGAAGGAAUUUUAAAGAAAAAAAGUCUUUUUUGUCCCCUGCCAGACAGCAGGUUUUAUCAGUGACAGCCCCCUCGGCUGCAAUUUGACUAAACAAACAGAGCCGUGGUGCCUCUUCCACUGGGGGCUCUGGGGAGCAGGGAGAUUAAAAGCCUCACCCCUGAAGAUUUGAGGAAUCUAUCUUGCUCCUCCAAAGGAAGCCAAUUUGGAGACAGUCACUCACACACACCAGGGAAGAGGGACUGAACACACAUCUCAAGGAGAGGCUGCCUUGGGGGAUGUAUGAGGACAGACAGGGACCUUACCGGAACAAGUCAUCAUACAUAGUCAUACAUACAUAGUCAUCAUGAAGACUGACAGAGGAAACAUGAGCAUCCUUCUGGUCCUCCUUACAGCCUUUGUUCAGUUGUACCUCUUCAGCGAGGGCCUGGAAAUCACCCCUAACAAUUCAACCAUCGUCCUGGAAGCCAAUUCUAGCAUUUCUAUAACAUGUUCUGGCUGGAGUGAAGUAGUCUGGACAAAAAGAACUUUGUCUCAGCGGGAUCCCUCCUUGGUUUUGAUCAAGAAUGGUGCCACCUCUAGCACCCUGUUUCUGGAGGAUGUGACGUGGAACCAGACAGGCGUGUACAUUUGCAGCGAAACCAUUGCGGAGGAAGCAAGAGAGAUCUCCAUUUUUGUGGCAGACCCCAAGGUGUGGUUCAUUCCAAACGAGCAUGGCAUGGUUACCAAGACAAGUGAUGAGGGUACUGUUCCCUGCCUUGUCACCAACCCCAAAAUCAACGUUACCCUCUAUGAAAAAUCAGCUGAUACUCCUAUGUUUGGAGAGUACAACCCAAGUACUGGAUUCACAGCUUUUCUGGAAGACAGGACAUACUACUGCAAAGGGGAACUUAAUGGCGAGGAGAGGAGUUCCCAAUUGUUUUACAUUUUCAGCAUUGUGGCUCCAGAAAUUCUUGAACCCAAAAUCAAGGCCUCAAAGACUGUGCUGAGGAAGGGCGAGCCCCUCAUGGUCAACUGUACUGUAAACGGAGCAGAAAUAGUUUACUUUUCAUGGAAUUACCCGCACACAAAAGGCAAGACUAUCGAGCCCCUGACUGACUUCAUGUCCAGCACAAGUAUGCGCUCCUUUCUCAACAUAAGCAGUGCCACCCUGGACAACUCAGGCCAGUACACCUGCCACGUCUAUGAAGGAGUUCAGGAAAACAAGGCCAAUAUCAGCAUGAACAUCACAGUCCUUGAGCAAGGAUUUGUGAAGCUCCACUCGGUAAUGAGCCAGAACAUCUCGACACAGCUGCAGGAAAGCGUCCAGUUUAGGGUGCUUAUUGACGCCUACCCCAAGCCCCUGGUGAACUGGACCAAUGACCACGCCCUACUUUUUGGAGACACCGUCUCUGUUGAAACUAGACAGCUGCAGGAGACCAGGUACAUCAGCACCUUGACCCUGUUGCGAGUCACAAUGGAACAGAAGGGCCUUUACACCAUCCACGCCACCAAUGAGGAUGACGAACAGGAGAUGAACUUUGAUCUCGAUGUCACUGUUCUCCCUCACAUCGUGGAACUGUCGGACUACAGUAUUGCCGAAAAGCAACAUGGCGUUGUGUGUGCAGCAGAGGGCGCACCCUUCCCGAGAAUAAAGUGGUACAGCUGCGACAGCAUGUACAAGUGCAGCAAUCAAACCAAUGCAUGGCGACCACUGAAGUCCGAACCUGAAAACCUGGACAUCCAGACAAACAUGACCUACAACGAGACCCGGAAAAUCCACCAGACACGGAGCGUUCUGACCUUCCUCAAGCUGCAGAAGAUCAUGUCCGUCCGCUGUGAAGCCAGCAACGCCCUGGGUGGCCGGGCACGGAACAUAAAGCUCUUUUCAAGCACGCUCUUCUCACAGGUGGCUGUUCUGGCCGCGGUCCUGGCCCUCGUGGUCAUUGCCGUGAUUUCCAUCAUUAUCCUGAUCGCGCUGUGGAGGAAGAAGCCACGAUAUGAGAUCAGGUGGAAGGUGAUUGAGUCAGUGAGCUCAGAUGGACAUGAAUACAUCUACGUGGAUCCCAUGCACCUGCCCUACGAUUCGGCCUGGGAGAUGCCCCGAGAUAGCCUGGUUUUGGGUCGCACUCUGGGCUCCGGGGCGUUCGGAAGAGUGGUCGAGGCGACCGCCUACGGCCUUGGCCAUUCACAGUCCACCAUGAAGGUUGCGGUGAAAAUGCUGAAGUCCACAGCACGCAAGAGCGAAACCCAGGCCCUGAUGUCCGAGCUGAAGAUCAUGAGUCACCUGGGGCCACACCUCAACAUUGUUAACCUGCUGGGGGCGUGUACCAAGCAAGGUCCGAUCUACCUGAUAACCGAGUACUGUCGCUAUGGAGACCUGGUGGACUACCUUCACCGGAACAAGCACACCUUUUUGCAGUACUAUGCGGACAAGAGUCGCCGGGAUGCAGACAUGUGUGCAAACAGCGUGUCAACGGGUCAGGGAAAAGGCAGUGAAUGUGACGGAGGCUACAUGGACAUGAGCAAGGAUGACACCAUGGAGUACGUGCCGAUGCAGGAGCUGAAUGACAGCAUCAAGUACGCCGACAUAGAGCCAUCGCCCUAUGAAACACAUUACCAGCAGGAUAACUACCAGGGACAAGUCCAGGAGAGGGUAGACGCAGCCCUGGUUAUCAGUGACUCCCCCAUCCUGAGCUACGCGGACCUGGUGGGCUUCAGCUAUCAGGUGGCCAAAGGGAUGGAGUUCCUGGCAGCCAAAAAUUGCGUUCACCGUGACCUUGCGGCUCGAAACGUCCUGAUCUGCGAGGGGAAACUGGUGAAAAUCUGUGACUUUGGUUUGGCCAGGGACAUCAUGCAUGACUCCAACUACAUCUCCAAGGGCAAUACCUUCCUUCCUCUGAAAUGGAUGGCUCCAGAAAGCAUCUUCCAUAACCUCUACACCACUCUGAGUGACGUCUGGUCCUAUGGCAUCCUGCUGUGGGAGAUCUUCACCCUGGGAGGAACCCCCUACCCCGACCUCCCCAUGAACGACCUGUUCUACAGCGCGCUAAAGGGAGGUUACAGGAUGACUAAGCCCUCUCACGCCACCGACGACAUUUAUGAUAUAAUGCGGAAAUGCUGGGACGAAAAGUUUGAGAAGAGACCCGAGUUCUCAUUUUUGGUUCACACAAUGGGGAACAUGUUGCCUGACAGCUACAAAAAGAAAUACAGCCAGGUGAACGAGAGUUUCUUAAAGAGUGAUCACCCUGCCGUGGCACGCACUAAAUCCAGGCUGUCGAGACCGUCGCUGUCCCCAAGCCAGCCUGCUGUGGCCAUCCGGCAAGAGGCCGAGGGGGAAGAGGCCACAACUUCCUACAACGAGUACAUUAUCCCCAUCCCGGAUCCCAAACCGGAGGAAGUCUGUGACAAAGGCGAUACUUCCCCUGAAAGUCCCUUGAGCUGUCAGGAUCCCGUGGGGGAUGACAGCUAUAGAAUCCCUGAAGUAGCCAUCCCAGAGGACACAAAGGACAGCGACACUCAGGAGAAGGACCUGACUGAGGGCAAGGCAACCCCAGACGUGGAGGAAAGCUUUCUGUAGCCUCCAAACCCAGUGUCUGUCCCAGAAGCAAAUGCACUGCAAAAUGUAGGCUUGCUUAAAAAAAGGCAUGUUCUACUGAAAUGGCAGAGGGCUACGUUUCCAAAUACUGUCUACGCAGUAAGGAUGUCUGCAGUUAUCUAGGGCUCUUUAUUUAAGGAGGGCUCUUUAUUUAAGGAGGGCUCUUUAUUUAAGGAGGGCUCUUUAUUUAANAGGGCUCUUUAUUUAAGGAGGGCUCUUUAUUUAAGGAGGGCUCUUUAUUUAAGGAGGGCUCUUUAUUUAAAUCUGUCCUUUAAUGCCAGUGUGUAAUUAGAGCUGGUCUUUGUAUUUUUUUACACGCUGGUUUUUACUGCAACAACUUACAGAUGCAAACUAUGGUUUCCUUCCAAAUUUUUACCUAGAUUCAUUUGAAUGGCUUAAGGUAAAUGGUUUCCUGGACGUCAAACAAACCUUUACAAUUGUGAUGAAGUGCAAUUCUGCAGGAAAAUAUGGACACAAUUAAAAAACAGACACAUAAUAUUCCAGAUGCAGCUCACGUGUGUAUCACAAUAAGAAUACUGAAAUAUUAAAACUAGUGCGAGUGAUCGCAACCUCAUGGACUGUCACAGAGUUUUUCUGACUUUUUUCACUUGCUCUGUCGCACUCCCUAAUCAAAUAGCGCCAUAGGCAAUCAUCUAUUGGGCAGGCCGGGCCUGUUUAGGGGAAUCUUCUACAACUACAGAUAUUCCCCAGUAAUAAUAAUAAUAAUAAUAAUAAUAAUAAUGUGCGUACAUGCAUGCCAUUAUUAUUUUUAAAUUCAUUGUGCACUACAGGAAUACAGACAACAGGUCAAAUAUUUGGUCAAAGAGAAUGUAACCAAUCAUCAGUUCAGACCCAGAGUACAUUGCUGAGAAAUUUCACAAAAUUCAUGUAAUAUCUUAAUAUAUAGGGUGAUAUGCUAUAUAAUUAUUGAUUGUAUACUACGUAGCACAUGAAUGUACAAAACUGUGUGCAUAUUUUAAUGUCUUGUCCUGAAAUAACAAAAUUUCUAAUAAAUAAAUAGCACAGCCACAUAUUUUGGUAUAAUGUUUACAGGGGCUCCCAUUGACAUCACCCUGUGCUAUUUUGAUCCAUAUCAUUGUUACUUAAUAUUCAAGUAUAUGUUGUGUAUAUGUAUGCAUAGGUAUAUACCUAUUUGGAUUUAGCUAUUUAGCUGAAUUAUCUGGUCUAACCAACCUUUUAGUAAAAUAGCAUCAUAAGCACCAAAUCUUGCAAGGUUUGAUAUAGUGCCAAAUUUGUACAUUUUAAAUGAAUGUGAAGUGCCUUGGAACAUUGCUCAAUCACUGCCAAAUGUUCAAGAAUUUAGAUUUUUAAUGACAAUGUAAAUAGGACACAAGUAUGUUAUCUUCUACUUUAUGAUUUCUGUGUAUAAAAGGAUUUUUUUUAUCAUGUAGCAUGUAAAUCUAUUGUGUUUUUCAUAGCUGUAGUAGUUAAGCCUUAAAAUAUGCAUUUAAAAGCUUUUGGGAGGUACUUUAACAAGCAGUCAGUCAGUAUUAGAAUUGUGUUAGGGGAAAUGCAAUAACUCAAUAGCUGUUCCAAAUUUGCACUUUACCAUCAUAUGCAGGGGAUGAGUGACAGAGAUUAUUACUCACAUUAUAGUAUAGUUGUAUAAAGAUAAUUCUCUUGUCACUGGUGGUACUCAGUGUCUGUCUCGUUUAAUAUGCACUUGUGUUUCGUGAAAAUCCAACCUUUUCUUAAGGGAACCCUCUCCGGGAUUGACAGUAUUGUCCGCAUCCUCCAUUUGACGGGAGGGCCUCCAUCCAUCAGUGCCGUGACCGUCAUGAGAUGGCAGCUCUGAAAUCCAAUUUGACGUAAAAAACAUAAGUGUAUGUUUGUUCCCUGAAGCAUUCCGCCAAACAGGCUGAGACCCAUGGAAAUAUUUUCUGGCACCUUCUGAAAUUAAUAUGCAACAAUUUACCCAGCCUCGACAGUUUCAAGUCAUCUAAACUAAGCAUGCAUCAUUAUUUACCACAAGAUUCUAUUUUUGGUGAUAUUUUACGUUAUGUUACGUUAUACAUUGAAUUUCUUUGUAUUAUAUUAAAAACAUUCAAUAUUAUGUUUUAUUUUGACAAGGUAGCUAAUGCAUUGUGCUCCUUUAAACUGUAUUAUAACAUUUUUGUUAUAUUCUUAACAACACUGCAUCAAUGUAGCAAUAUGAUUUCAUGAAUGUAGUAGAUACAUUCUGAAAACUUUUACUAUUUUUUUUUUCAGUGAGACCAAACGUGCUUACAGGUAAAUUAAUAUGUUCAUUUGUUAUGUGAGACAAAUGCAAACAUGGCGUUAGAAUACAGAAUAAACGUGUAAUUGUUCAAGUCUGAAGGCUGCGUGUUUAGAUGCCAGCAGGGAUGAAGCUUGUAGCCUUGUGAAGAUAAAAGUCUGAAUUAUAAAUCUGCCUGUAUUAAUGGACACAAUUCUUUGCUAUAGAUAGCAAGCAGAUUCCUACUAGCUCAUUUUAAAGAUAUCAGUCCAGAAUUUCAGGCAGAAUUUCCGUUGUCUCUGCUCAAGGUACUAAAAGUACUGUAGGUCAAUUAUUAGGUAUUUAGCAAACCUGAAUAUGCACAAUGCGUGUUCCAUACUAUAGUACACAGACAUUCAUAUACGCUGUGGUACCAAAGCAUUUAAAAUGUUUACAGCUGUAUUUUGUAUGUAUUUAGUAUUCUAUGAAUGUUUAAAAAUCAUUAUAAAAAAAGUAUAUUAAAUAAUGUUACUAUUA